ACGCAUUGAGGGGUGGCUUCGUUUUUUUUUUUUUGCCCUUGUUUACUUGUAUUCUUUUUUUGUUGUUUUUAGCUUUGUUUAUCAUGCGAACUUCCCCUUUCAAUAAACGAUCUAACUGCGUUACACCAUUCACAGUGAAAAGAAAACAAGUCAACUUUGAUCUUGUUGACAAGCGAGGACCCAAUAACAGUUCCGAAGCCUCCUUAGCAAGCUUACUGUAUAAAAAAGACGACGGAGGCAAACGGUCGGAAACCGGCGCACAUGAUCAGGUCUCCAAUGAACACCAACCUCAGCAACAGUUAGAGAAAACUGAAAAACAAUUGAAGGAGGCGUUGCAUAAUGAGCGAUUAUGGCGGCACAAAUGGCGAUUGCUUGAGAAUGAGCGGGAAAAAUUCGAGACUUCGAUAAAAGAGCAGUGCAAAAAGGACAUGCAAUCGCUUCAAUUACAGUUGGAUAUACUUAAAAAGACCCAUGUGGAAAAAGUCGAAAACAUGUCUGCCACUCUAUCACAGCUGCAGAAACUCGUCACGUCUUUAAGGGCUCAACUAAAAAGACACGGGAUUGCCGAAGAAUAUUGUGAAGAAGAAAGAGAAACUGUUAGUUGUAUAACAGAAACAACUUACAAAGAGGAAUUGGCAAGCAUACAGGAAGCUCAGCUUCAGUCCAUGGAUCCAAUGCAUCAAGCCAACCAACAAUUGUGGUCAAGCAUUCAGAAAUCGACCGCCGGUUUACGAGCGGAAAUCGAUGCUUUUCAUACAUGGCGUUCUUUAGCUUCGGUGCCUGUGUCUGAAUUGGUGCGACUAGCACGUGAAGAUGACCGCGGGUCCAAUUCACUCGGUGUGGGCACACUGAAAAAAGCUCUGUUUGGUCGCAGUCGUUCCGGCAACAAGCGCAAACCGCUGCCAUCGGGUACGCUGUAGCAAAGAGCCAGAGCAUAAAACACAUGCGAAUGUCGCCAACUCCUUCGGAUAUAGUGUAAAGGAUAAUGAACAAAGAGAAAUUGAACUAUAGAAAGGACAGACAUCAUACACACAACCGUUUCAUAAAAAAUAGCAUGCGAGUGACACAGAACAUCUAGAGUCAAAUAGCUGGCCAUGAUUUUUCAUGCUAUUUUGCAAUUAUAAAUUUCUCACAAAAUAAAAUAGUGCAAUGGAAUCCUUU